AUGGAGGAUGCUGAUCUCUCGCCAUCGGUUCCCCAGCGACAUGGCAAGCAGACUUGUCCUUCCCAUCUCGCCCUAUUGCCCCCCGAAAUCAUCGAAAACGUGCUGAGCAGCUUGGAUAAUAGCUCAAUCAAAAGUCUGCGCCUCACAUGUCGGCGGUUCGGCGCCAUUGCAGCGCUGCGCAUCAACAGAGUCUUCCUCUCGGCAAAUCCGCUCAACAUUCAAGUCUUUCGUGCCAUUGCAGACCAUGAUGUGCUUCGCCAUAGGAUUGUCGAGAUUGUCUAUGACGAUGCGCGUCUAUGGCGCAACGGCGCCGAAGCUCCUGAAGCGCGACACCCCGGUGCACCCAACUAUUGCUGUUACUACCUAGAAGAUGGACCCGACAUGGAGUGGUUUGAGAACGAUGAUCCGAAGCGGCCCGAGUAUGCGGCAUUGGUCCGGCGCGUACAUGCUGGAUUAUCUCCAGAGGAAUCGUGGGAAUACUACGACGGCUUACUACGCCAGCAAGAAGAGAUCAUGGCUAGCGGAGCUGAUGCAGACGCGCUUCGAUAUGGGCUGCAAAGAUUUCCUGCACUUCGAAAGGUCACCGUCACCCCUGCUACUCACGGGUGGCUGUUCACGCCUCUUUAUGAAACCCCCAUGAUUCGGGCUUUUCCAUACGGAUUCAACUGCCCCAUUCCACGUGCCUGGCCAUAUGCGGUCGACGAUCAUCGUCCUCUACAGGUUGCGCCAUGGGAGGAUGAAAAGACAAGAUGGCGCGGCUUCAAUCUGGUCACAAAGAUUCUGGCUGAGGGGCGGCAUAACGUCGUGGAAUAUGAAAUCGAUGGCCACCACCUGGGGACCGGGCUCAACUGCCGGAUAUUUGAUGAUCGAUGCAACGAGUAUGACGCCUUCGUAUUAGUCCUUUGUCUACCCGGCUUCAAGAAGCUGCAAUUAUCGCUUUUUGUUGACGGGCAACAACGUUUGGGGUGGCCAGCUCUUCGCAAUGGUCUGCUGCGAAACGCCCUGGCAGAAGCUACACAAUUGGAGCAUGUGAGCAUAGCUACAGGCCGGUUUGACCAUGCCUGGGAAUACGAGCCACCGGGUUUGGGAAGAUUUCUCCCUAUUGAGUGCUGGCCCAAACUACAACAUUUCGAGCUGUGGCACGUUGAUGUCCAUCUAGCCGACUUACUAUCAGUCGUUUCACAACUCCCAGACGGGCUCCUCUCUCUCCAAUUAAACUCUUUACACAUGUGUUCGGGCUGUUACCGCGAAUUACUCGACCAGAUGCGCGACAGAUUGCAUUGGUGUGAGCAGCGCCCUCAGGCAAGAGUGAUGAUUGGUGUACACUUCAUUUCCGGUAUCCACGACAUUCCCGGGCGCACGAUUUGGCUCGAGAAGGAGAUUGAUGACUUCUUUAAGCGUGGUGGUAUAAAUCCUUUUGAGCUAGAAGACAUUCGGUACUUGCAUCUGCCUCGCUUUGGGAUGGGAGUUGUACGUGAUGCGUUUGACAUGGACUAUGUAAGGCCCUGA